AAGCGCUGCGCCCGACCCGUCGGGCUCUCGGGUUUGUAGUCGCUUCUCUAUACGAUCGCCUUCGCCUUGCAUUGAGAAGCGCUUGUGAAAAGCUGUAUCUUUAUUUCCAUUGCCUCAGUUAGUGAGAAGCUUCUCCGGUUAACAGUGGAUCCUUUUCCAAUGUCUGCGGUGCCACGAGAAGGUAACCACGAGAAUGAAUCGGACAGCUCAGCUCCGUGGCCCCUGUCCCCAUUGCCGCCCGGGUUCCAGUUCCUGUCCAGCGACGAAGAGCUUGCCCGCUGCUUGAGGUUCAAGAUCGAUGGCCACCCGACGCUGCCGUUGGCGUUCGAGUUCGACGUGUUCAGAACCGAGCCGUGGAACUUGCCAGGCGACGUCAAAAAGCAAAGGUACUUCUUCUGCCGGAUAAAGAAUAAAGAGAAGUUCGGAGAUUCAUCGGUGCCACGCAAAAGAGUUGCUGGUGCUUAUGGUUACUGGAAAGCUAACUGGCACAGAGAAACAAGUCAUUACCCGUACAUUGAGGGCAUUCAAGAGCAGACUCCUUUUUUGCGAAGGAGGAGAUGAUGAUGAUGAUGAUGAUGAUAAAGAAGGAGGAGGAGGCUCAACCAACGUUGCUCAAGCUCAACCGAAAUGGAUCACGCAUGAAUUUCGGCC